UUGAGCGCAUAAGCACGUGAUCUAUCAACGUCCUCGUCGGCUUUAGCUGACUCGCAAAGAUACUCUCUUAUCUGAACUCAACUCUUCCAAGAGUGCAAAAGUGGCAGGUUCGACCUGGCUAGACUUUCUCCUUGUCAACUUGGCUAAAUUGUCGAUCACAGCUUAUCAUGCAGGGUCAAAGCUCGCUGAUUUCAAAGAUGGGAUGUGGGGAUUGCGGACUUGGGCGGCAGACUGGGUACCCUCGCCCUCGAAUGUGUGCUGAUGACCGAUAAAAAGAUAACCAUUGGACAGUGAUCUCAGAUCUAUAUGAUACAGCUUCAUCCCCAAGGUUGGGCACGAUCAUCGACUUUGCAGACAUCGCAAUUGAGGGUUGAGACUCAACAUCACAAUGGCUCCUCAAUACUCCCGCCAAUAUGUCUCGCGGUUUGUGCCCAGCUCUGGGUUCUUGAUUGUCUUCUUCCUUAUAGCAACUUCAGUUGUCGACUCCGUACUUCUUGGCUACGACAGCUCACUUAUGGGAUCACUCAAUGUAAUGCCCUCUUACUACAAUUACUUCGAACUCUCAACGGCCACGAAGUCUCUCAACACGGCAAUCUCAUACACCGGAGGAGCAAUUGCAGCAUUUCCUGCUGGAUUUCUGGUUGAUUGGAGAGGACGAAAAGAGUCAAUCUUCUGGUCGUGCAUAAUCACCCUGAUCGGAGCCAUCUUGCAAACUUCUGCUGUCCACAUUGCCAUGUUUAUUGUUGGCCGGUUCAUAAUUGGAAUGGGGUUGGGUGUUGCUGCAACGGCCACGCCAACCUUCGUCAGUGAGACAGCUCCUCCGAAACAUCGUGCUUUUGCUCUGGGUCUCUACUAUUCGUGCUGGGGUGUGGGAACGUUGAUCGCCUCUGGUGUUUGCUAUCGAAGUCAAUUCGUCGAUAGUACUUGGGCCUGGCGUAUUCCGAGUUUGAUUCAGGUCGUGCCUAGCAUUGUAUGCUUGUUCGUACUUCUCUUUGUACCUGAAUCACCACGAUGGCUCGUAGGACAAGAUCGACACGAAGAAGCUCUCGAAGUACUAGCUGUCGUCAAUGGAGGCGGCGACAUCUCAGAUCCGCUUGUGCUCAUCCAGUACCGAGAGAUUGCUGACACGAUUGCCUGGGAGAAGACCGAGGGCCGUCAACUUACUUUCAAGGAAGCCUACAGCAACCCGAUCAAUCGAAAACGUCUCAUAAUCGCAAUUUCGUUCGCUGCAAUGGUAAUGUUGCCUGGUACAAACAUCAUCACCUAUUACUUCGGCACCAUGCUUGAGCAAGCUGGCAUUACUGAUGCUACUACCCAACUUGAAAUCAAUAUAAUUCUCACUGCCUGGUCUCUCGUCAUCGCAGUGGUAGCCUCUUGGUAUGCGGACAAGGUUGGACGUAAGCUACUCUGCUGCUUGAGUCUGACCGGCGGCAUCAUUGCCUUCUAUCUGGUCGGAGGACUCACUGCAGCGUACGGCACUUCAUCGAACAAGUCUGGCAUCUACGGCACUAUCGCCUGCAUUUUCCUCUACAAUGGGACCUACAGUUUUGGGAUAACACCUUUGACUGUAUUGUACCCACCAGAAGUUCUCUCUUACCGCAUUCGUGGAACAGGAAUGGGUUUAUACACGAUGGCAACAAAGCUUUGUGGCCUCUUUGUGACUAUGGUCUUCCCGUUUGCUUUGGACGCCAUAGGAUGGAAAACUUAUAUCAUCAAUGCCAGCUUCGAUAUUCUGAUGGUGCUUUUUGUAAUAUUCUUCUGGGUCGAAACCCAGGGCUUGACUCUCGAAGAGGUCGAUAUCAAGUUCGAUGGUGUGAAGCAUAGUGAUGUUCCGGAUCUGGAAGAGCUCAAGAAUGGGAAGGUUGACUUCGUCAUUGACGGUCCUCCCCUCGAUGGACGUGUUUCCAAUACUGUUGAGCCGAAGAAAUAGGGAGGAAGGGGUAAAGGUCGAG